AUGUCCUCAUUCUCCGAGCAGUCUUCCCAGUUCAACCCACCGCAGUCCGCACAGCCUCGCAAAUCACUAUUCGGUAGCCCCAGCAGCGAUGCCGCACAUUCGCCCUCUCGGCCACCGCGACGAUCAUUAUUCGGUGGACCCAGCGGUCACGAUGGCACCGUGGAAACGCGCCCCGUGGAGGAGUCUGUGGCUCACAAGGGUGCACGAGAGGAGGACGGCUAUGAGGUUGACAUGAUGAUGGGGCAUCAACAAGCCCCAACGGGCGAUUAUUCCUCCGAUGGCGAUAGUUUCCCCGGGAGCGAUGAAGAUGACGACUCGCUGGGUUCGGAUAUCGAUGAUCACGAUACGGGCAAGUCUAAGCAGCCACAAAGAGGUCCGGUAUACGGGGGACAAUUCCGAGAAUUUGUCCUUGACCGAGGAAAGGAUUUACCCUUGGGGUCUACACGCCCAAACCGCUGGAUGGGAUCUCGGUCUACUUACAAGAGAGUAACGGCGAACGACCGAGGCGCUGCAGAUUCCAUAAUCAGAAACCGAGCUCGGGAUCUGGCUUCGCACCUCUAUAAUGCGCAUGCCAUCCGCAAGCGAAUGGACAAACAAACUUCACUGAAUAUCAAACGAUGGGUCGCGUGGCCUAUGCCGGCCGAGAAGGUCCCGCGUGUCGGUGAAUUUAUCCACAACCAUCUGGAUGAUCCAGAAACAUGGCGCAUGCCACCUGAUCCCCGACUCAGCGCUGAACUGGAAGAGUCUAUUAUGGCAGUGAUGACUAGGACUGCCAAGGAGAGAUUCCAAGCCCGCGAAUGGGAUCUUACGGAAGUGAAGAAGAGUGUCGACUACGAUGGCAAAAUGGACAGCGAUCCCGAAGAUGACGAUGAAAUACCACUGCGGCCGGUGGUUCUGGCCGACGACGAUCAGACUCGGCAGCACUUACGACCGCUUUCUCGAAAGGUCAUCUCACGUCUGGACCGUGUAUUGGUUGGGCUCCAUCAGUCGAUGAAAGGGAAGAUCGGCGAAGGGUCUAGCAGCGAGUCCUCCAGUGAUGCCGACAGCGUCAUCUCGCAGGCCUCCAAGUCGGUCAGGAGCACGAGCAGGAGUCGGUCGCGCGGCCGAAAACGAGCUCGUCGUAAUCUUCGCCCCGAACAGCCGUCCGGCAGCCGCAGUCAACAGCUGGCUUCAGAGAACGAGGCUCAGGACCGGAGUAUGUUCGGGACGUCUCGUUCCCGCGGCCGGUCUCGCUCCCCCAACCAAGAGAGCCAAUCGCAAUCCUUUACCAACCGCAAGCAUCACCUGCGUGACUGGAGCGAGGUAAUGGGAGUCGCAUCGAUGAUCGGCCUCCCCUCCGCUGCCGUGAUGCGAGCCUCCAAGCGAUGCACCGACCUAUUCGGCGAAGACAUGACAUUCCGGACGUUCCAUGAAGGACGGAUCAAAGCCCAGGCCGCGCGCAACAGCCGAUAUGAGUACACUGACUACACCUACACCGAGAGCGAGGGUGAGAUAGAGGAGCCGUCCAGUCCGCCGGCUCCGGACCGGCAGCCACCACCACCCAAGCCCAAGAGCCGAGCAGGGCGAGCUCGGUCACGUCUUUCAUCCGCCCCAGCAUCGGAGCCGCCGAGUGCAGAGUUUGCAUCCGAGCAGGAAAUGGAAGUAUCAACACCAUCGGUUCCCUCGCAAGCGGCAAAGGGCAAGGGACCCCAUCGCAAACUGGAUCUGGUGUGCCCAGUGAAGAAGUGCCCGCGACAUACCAAUGGGUUUUCGAGGACGUGGAAUCUCAACCUCCACAUGAAGCGGGUUCACCCGAGUUAUCGCGUACCAGAGCCGUCGAGCCGGGCAGAACGAUCGGUCAGCACGGCGAGUGCUUCGGCCAAUGUAUCCGUGGUGGAAAUCCACGAUUAG